AUGAGGGAGCAUGGGAGAAAGGACUCUAGUUUGCGGAUUGGUUCUUGGAAUGUGGGGUCUCUUACGGGGAAAUCUGCAAAAGUGGAAACGAGCUACAAGACCAGGAAUGGAGGAUCUAGGAACGGAUUUGGUGUGAUUCUUGAUGAGAGGUUGUCAAAAGAGGUAAUCGGGGUCUAUCGGAAGAAGGAUAGGUUGAUAAGGGUGAAGUUGAUAUGUGGCAAGGAGAUUGUGAAUGUUAUUAGUGCUUAUGCUCCCCAAGUUGGUUUGGAUGCAGAAGAGAAACGUCAAUUUUGGGAGGAUUUAGACGAUGUGGUACAGGGUGUCCACCACACUAAAAAAUUAUAUAUUGGAGGUGAUUUAAAUGGGCAUGUUGGGGCGAGUCGGGAUGGCUACGAGAGUGUUCAUGGAGGCUUUGGGUAUGAGGGACGCAGGUGGUGA